AUGUCUUCUGAGGAAGAGGGAGGGACGAAGAAGCGGCGGAUCGAGCGAGCGUGCGAUACUUGCAGGAAGAAGAAAAUCCGUUGCGAUGGCAUGCAAGCGAACAAGAAGUGCAGCCACUGUACUGCCUUCAAGCUCAAGUGUACGUACGUCGAGGCCGCGAAGAAACGCGCGCCUCCCAAAGCGUAUGUGGAGAGCCUCGAGGAACGGCUGAAGAACAUGGAAGCUCUGCUCAAAAAGAUGUCCUCAUCCGAGGCAGGGCCAAGCGGGUCGUCCGACCACCUGGACAGCGUAAUGGGUCUCGGUGAAGGGUCCUCAACUAUGCAUGAACGCAAGGGCAGCGACAACAGUGCUCCCCGCACACCUUAUGUGCCGGGUGUACCGAAUGACGAUCCCGAGCCGAGCGAUGACGAGGCGGACGUUCUCUUAGGGAGGAUGAACCUCAAUAGCCGCUUCUUCGGUCGUAGCAGCGAUGUCAGCCUUGUCAAGACAGCUUUGGAUGUACGUCGAGGUUUCGUUGCGGGGGAAGUCAACGAUAAUGCGCCAUGGCGUUUUCCGCGACGACGGCCGGAGCAUUGGACCAGCCCUCCAUGGCAAGAGGACUCGUGGGCUAUUGGGACAGGAUUCACCUUCCCCGACCCCGACCUGCUCAUAGAGCUCGUCGACUUGUUCUUCACGCAUAACAACACCGUUUUGCCCGUGCUACACCGGCCGACGUUCGACCGCGAGCUCGCCGAGGGUAAACACCUUCGCGAAUCGUCGUUCGCCGUUGUUCUUCUUUGCGUCUGCGCGUGCGCUGCAAGAUUGUCGGACGAUCCACGAUGCUUUAUGGACGGGAGCCAGGAUAAGGACUCGGCUGGAUGGCGCUGGUUCAACCAGAUGCGCUUUGUACCCAACACCGCCUUCAAUCCGAUGACAGUCAGUGACCUGCAAGUCUACACAUUGAGGAGCAUGUUCCUUCUCCAGGCUUCAACGCUCCAAGCGGCUUGGACGAUGGUCGGCAUCGGGAUCCGGAUGGGUCAGGAUAUAGGGGCGCACAGACGCAAACUCUACUCUUCUGGUCCAACCGUAGCCGGGGAACUACAGAAACGCGCUUUCUGGGUCAUGGUGUACAUCGACCGCACCUUGAGUGCUCUAUUAGGACGCUCUUGUGCGAUCCAGAGCGAAGAUUUCGAUCUGGAGCUACCCCUUGACGUCGACGACGAGUAUUGGGAACCUGCGGAUGGCUCGGAGCAGUUCAAGCAGCCUCCAGAUCGACCAACGGCUGUCUCGGCCUUCAUCCACCUUUUAAAGCUUAGUCAGAUACUGAGCUUCACAUUGCGUUCAAUCUACUCCAUACAGAAGUCCAAGGUAUUCCUCGGCUUUGUUGGGCCAGACUGGGAGCAUAACGUCAUCGCCGAGCUGGACAGCGCCUUGAACAAGUGGCACGACGCAAUACCUGAACACUUACGAUGGAAUCCGAAUAUACUAGGCGAUCCACUGUUCCAAUCAUUGAGUGCCAGUCUCAUCACCACAUACUAUAUCACCCAAAUCAGCGUGCACCGGCCGUUCAUGAUGCGCCGCGACAAGACCCAGUCUGCGCUCAGUUUCCCCAGCACUGUCAUCUCCCUCAACGCAGCGCGUGCAGCUGUGCGAGUCAUCGAGUUCUUUCAGGCAAACCCACAUCUCGCACGGGGUCCGCCUCUAUUCUUGCAGCCCGCAGCAUUCACCAGCGGCAUCUUGCUGCUGCUCAAUAUGUGGGCGAGCAAACGGACCGGAGCGCCCGUUGAUGUGGUGAAGGAUCUCGAAUACGUGCGUGUAUGCAUGGAUUGGAUCAAGGCUAGCGAGAAGCGGUCGUACAUGGCUGGCCGAAGUUGGGAUAUCCUCAACGAGUUAUCCAGCUUUGGUGAGGCCUUCUUUGGCGAACAAGAUGAGGCUCUGAAAGCCACCACGGGAGAAGAACCCUCGCCGGGCUCGCAACCCUCAGCAGCGCCUUCGCGCUCGACGGACCCGGGACCGUCGUCCGAUGCAUCCCCGGACACGGAGAGCGCAUUCGCUUCGCUCCACAGACCAAUGAGACCAUAUCAGCGUACGAGCCCAUCGACAUCGACUCCGGGUACCUCUUCCGGCGCUUCCGCUGGUCCUCGCCGAUUCCCGUUCGAUUCUCCUUCUCCAAGCGACGACUUUUCCGCCCCUCAGAUGUACGGCCAGCGACAUUCGUCAAGCCGACCUGAAAUGCAAACACAUCCAAACUCCUUUACUUCGACAUGGCCGGGACAUUCGUCGCAGAAUCCUCCGGACUUCGUACCACGUCCAAUGGUAGUUCCUUCUCAGAACCCCCUCGACUUCCCGAGCCCGCAAGACUUUACCAUGCACGACGGUAACCUUGGGGCGAACAUGUAUCCCGGUGCAUCCUCUUCGCAGCGUCAGACUGCAUUCGGCAUGUCAAAUGAGCGCGGAGCGUACGGUGGAGUCCCGAGCGAACGCGGGGCGGGCAUGUUCGGGUUGCCCCCGUUCGGCGCUGGCGCUGGCGAUAGCGGAAUGUUCGGCAGCAUGGCAGACAUGAUGGGCUUCGGCUUUCAAGGUCCAGGAGGCAUGGGCGGUAUGUUUGACCAAUGGGGCGGUGGGAUUGGAAUGGGCGGCGGCAUGUUCGGUGGGAAUGCACAGGCCGGUGGUGGUGGCGGCAUGAACGUCGACGCGGACCCUAUGAACAUGCUUUGGGGUAUGCAACAGGCUGGCGGGGUCGGAGACUUCCAGAACUACAUGUCGAGUAUGCUCGAUCCGCCCGACGCCAGCCAGAUGGGCCAACCUGGCCAACCCGGACCGUCUGGUCAGCGUCGCGGACAUAGUAACAAUCAAUAA